AUGUCGACACUCAUGAGAACUCUGCGCAACCUGCGCCGCAUCGGUAUCAAACUUUCCCCAGGAAUAUGCCCACCAAAUGGCGGUGAUACCAAAGCCGGAACUCUGAUCGGUAUGGACAAGUACGGCAACAAGUACUUUGAAAACCUAGAGGAGGAGCUUCCCCUGCGAACCCGCUGGGUUGACUACAAGGACCAUGAGUUCGACCCGCACGCUUGGAUGUCAUACAUGGUGGACAAGUCGCCCGCCGCGGACAAGCUUCUGCAGCGCCAGCGUCAAGAGCAAGUAUUCGGCAUGGACACCAGUGGCAAAAGCUAG